AGUUUUUUUUUUUUUGUGUCUUUGCUCGGAAACGGAGAGGAGGAAGGUUGUCGUCUCCAUUCGUUCACCUCUUUCUCCUUCCAAAUCCGAGCAGUAAUGGCGUACGCCGACAUUUUCUAAGCAUAAGAUUUCAUCUUCCUUCUUACCCGCCGGAGCUGACUGUUAUCUUCUUCAGGCCACCCUGCGGCGGAGACCUUCUGUAUGUGGUGGUGAUAUUAAAUGGGUAAGGCUUUUCUUUUUUCUUGUUUAAAAGACUCAAAUGACAUCACCUUCAUGCUGGUUAUACAUUUAUUUUGCAUGAUUUUCUCAUUUGAACCCCUAGAAAGCUCUGCACAAGCUAUCCCUGUGCCAUCUUCGGACAAAGAGAUCGAGUGUAAAGUUGGAAUGGUAUUCAAAAGUGAGGAGGAAGCCUACGAUGCGUACAAUUUAUAUGCGUAUAGAAAGGGUUUCGGGGUCCGUAAAGGACAGAAGUAUUUUAACCGCAACAAGAAUGAGCUUUGGAGAUGCACGUUCCUACGCCGCCGAGAGGGGUCUGGACCCGAGCUAAAUCCUUAUGAGCAAAAGAUAUUCAAAUUUGACCCCUAAAUGUGGGUGUCAGGCAAGUGUUAAGUUCGACAUCCAAGAUGGGAGAUAGGAAGUUAUCGAAUUCAAUUCUGUUCACAACCAUCCGUUUUUAGGGAAUGACCAGAAGCAUUUAAUUAGAUCAAGCAGAAAGGUUGCUGAAACUAAGGUGGAUCUUCAGAAUAUUAAGUCGGAUUUUGCAAAAAGAGUUCCAAAAGCAUAUUCAUAUUUGACAAGUGUGAGCCAAGGACUGCAAACUAGUGAGAGUCUUCCUCAAGUGAAAAGCUUAAACGAGAUUCAUGCAGGAGACUGCCAACUUCUAUUGAAUCACACGUUUUCCCUGCAGUUAAGAGUGAGCAACUUUUAUUACUCAACUCAAGUAGAUGACCAGAGCAAGCUUACUAACGUCUUCUGGUGCGAUGGUUUAUCUAGACAAGAUUAUGAGUGUUUCAGGGACGCUGUCGUUUUUGACACGACAUACUGGACUAAUAAGUACAACAUUUUAUGCUCCCUUUUUUCAGGGGUGAAUCAUCAUACGAUGAGUGUUUUGUUCGGGUGUGCAUUUUUAUCAGAUGAAACUGCACCUUCGCUCACUUGGGUCUUUCAGACUUUCUUGGAAGCAAUGGGGGAUAAAGCCCCCAAGACUAUAUUCACUGGUCAGGAUGAUGCUGUAGCCAUAGCCAUUCAGAAGGUCUUCCCCCAGACAAAUAAUCGACUGUACAUAUGGCAGAUAGAUAGGAACUCCAGUAAUCAUAUCUCUAAUCUUCUAGCAGAACCUGAGUUCAGCGAUAAGUGUUUCACGAAAUUCCUGCAAGGAUGUAAAUCAGAAACAGAAAUCCAACAGAUGUGGAAGGAGAUGUGCAAUGAGUGGGGUUUGGCUGAAAACAAAUGGUUGAAUGACUUGUAUCAGCUGCGCGCUAAGUGGUCCUCGGCCCUUAUUCGCGAUACAUUUUCGGCUAAUCUAAAUUCCCGAGCGAAACAUCAUAUCUUUCAGCAUGUUUUGUGUAAGUUGAUGAGUUUGGUCGAGUUAGUGACCCAUUAUGAGAAGUAAGCUGAGAAGAUUUGUGAAGUUGAACUUUCCAGUGAUGCUGAUUGUGCUAGAGGCAACCCGAGAUUUAUCGUGUGAGAAAGCGGAAUUCUGAAGCAUGCAGCUAAUGUAUAGACACAUGCCAUUUUCAAAAAAUUCCAAGAUGAGUUCUUACACAGUGUUUCACAGCGUGUUAUUUCUUUGAAUAGUGAUGGAUCUUUGUGCACUUAUAUCUUGAAGAAUGAAGAUGGUCAGACAGAGCAUAUUGUAAAUUUCAAUUCAAGCGAUCGUUCCAUUUCCUGUAUCUGCAAACUGUUUGAAUCGAAAGGUGGUUGUGCCGUCAAACUCUAUGCAUUUUGAACUCCAGAGAAAAUGUCAACUGUAUACCAUCCCAGUACAUUUUGAAAAGAUGGACGAAAGGUGCAAAGGAAGGGAUCUUGAGUGGAGAUUAUGCACUGAAUUCUACAAAAUCUUCAAAGAAGUUGCGGGUUGAUAAAUUGAUGGGCAAAGCUUUCAGUGUUAUAAGCUUGUGUGCAAUAGGCGGAUACAGUGGAGAUGGCUAUUAGAAGCUCAGACCUACACGAAGCUGAAGUUAGAACCGAGAAAGAAGCCAUCGGGAAGUGUUUGGGUGGUAAAAGAGUGAUGGAGAAGGAUGAUUCUGAUACUUCAAACAGUGGCGAGGGCAGAACCAGGGCUCGUGUUAAGCCUUCUGCUGCCAAGCAGAAGAAGCGGAAGUUGAAGGAGAUUACAGAAUCCUCCCCUUUUGAUGAAGAUCCAGUUCUACUAUGUGCUAGUGUCCCCACACAUGCAAGUUCUGUUGCAAAUCCAAACUUGCCUGUGAAUCCAUAUCAUCCCAAGAACUCGACUUUUCCCAUCAAUAUGAACUCAGUUCUGAAUCCGGCUUUCUACAUGAAUCCAAAUAUCUAUAUGACCCUAAGCUAUCAAAAUCAGUAUAUGCCAUGCUUCAACGCAUCGAUCAAUAAUUCUAACUCUGCCUUAAUGUCUCUAUCGGUUCAGGACUCUUCGGAUAGCAGCAGAUUUCAUACUACUCCUCACAGUCAGCAACCUAGCCUGGAUUCUGUGGCAAGCAUUGAAGGCAGCUCGAAAUGAAGAUCAUUCUCGAAAGGCGAUAGAUUCAAAUCCAGACACAGGAUCCUCUUGUUAGUUGAUUUCUUCAUGGCUGGGAAUGACCGAGGAGCCACCAGUUUCUUCAAGAUCUCAGCUCUGUGGCGCCUCAUGUGACCACCAAGGGCUUGCCCAAUGGGAAACUUGAGGCCGCAUAUCGAGCACCUGUGUGCCUUUGGCUCGGACGGUGGAUCUGACGCUUUGGGCCCUUGGGGAUGAUGUCCGGUGCUAAUCUCCAGGCUGGGCUUCGUGUGGCUCGCCCUGUGGCCUCCCAGUGCCUGGAAACUUGGAAAUUCUCGAUUGCAAGUUUUACAAGCAUACACCCUUCCCGCUGCCCCUGGGUGUUUCUUCAGGACGAUUUCACCUACUCGAGAAAGUAGCAUGAGACAAUUAGCAGUAUCCAUGUCCUCCAGUUCUCCCUCCUCUCUUUCUCUCUUCAUAGCCAGCAAGUAAUGCAAAAGUUCUCUGCUUAUGAUAUCUGUUGUUUGAAUACGUAAACUUUGUGUGCUGCAAAGUUCACUGCUGAGUGGUUUGUGCAUAUAGUUGGCAUAUAUAUAGGUUGGCAGUUCCAAACAGAGAGUGACCGAGUUCAUGACAUUGGCCGAAAUGACAGGUUUGCCCAUCCCUCGUGCAACCAAGUAAGGAAGAGUAUGUCGGCAUGGUAUGUAAAUAAGUUGGAAAUUGGAGGGUAGUGAUGACAGUAGGCGCCGGAGUGUCUGCAUGACCGCGUGGAUAUCUAUGUGUACAUAUAGAUAUAAAACUUUUGGGAUGCGCGUGAAGAUUUCCAGAAGAGAAGCAUUGCUUAAUUGAGCUGCUCUCUUUCUCUGAGGCGCGUUAAGGAAAGGUUCUUUUCCUCGAAUUUACCUUUGGUGGCUUUUCCUAAUCUCUAUUUUUUUUUAUUAUUUAUUUGGUAAUUUCGUAGGCCUUCCCCUAUUGGUGGGAACACUUGAAUUUAAUAUCUUAUAUGUAUUUUUCCUUUUCCGCAGAUAUAGAAUCCUCUCCGUGUA